CUGGCUUCGUGUCGGUGCUGCACGAUCACAACACCGAGCGGAGAUGGCAUCCCUGGCAUCACCGCUGCGAGUCUGUCGGGGAAUACUGAAAGAAUUACGUGCUAUUCAGGGACCAAGUUACAAACAGUCAUUGGCCUACGCUUAUGUUAUGGACCAGUAUCGCAAGAAUAAGGUAACAGGAGAAAGGUACUGCCGUGCCCAGCAGGAGGCACACCACGCCUCGCACACGUACCUGUGUUUGCUGGCGUCCACCAGGAACCACCUGGCCCUGCACAACCUCUACCACGGGAAGGGAGAGCGCAGCCCGGAAGAAGUGGCAGGCCUGGUGGGGCUCAGGUUGCCCACACAGCCAGGAGGCAAAGGCUGGGAGAAGUGAGGACACGAGGACGUCCGGCAAGCGGAAGAAAAUCUAAAGACUCUUCAGAAAGUGUUGCGUGCGGCUGAAUCAUCCGGCCCCAUACAACUGACCUAAUGUAAAUUAAAGGUAUAAAUAUGUGACGGGAGUCUGGCAGGCUGGAGAUUAUGCAAAUAUGGACUGCUUUGAGGGAACUCAACUUGUUCUUGUUUUGUUGUUUUACCGAUGUUCAAGGGCAGGAAACACAAGUGUACUGUGAAAAUGUAAGCUGCAACUUGUCCACGCAGCUUUUGUUUGUGUUUCUUUACUGCUUGAAAGCAUCAGUGUAAAGGACUGUAAGUACAUUUUCAUGAAGACAGACAUAUUUCUCUCAUUAAAAUAUAAAUUGCUGUUACUAUAUGUUUGUUUUGAAGAUUGUGUUUGCACAUUAGAAUACAUCAACAAACCUCCUGCUUAAUUACAAUGGCAGUUAAAGCCAUCAGUUAUUGUAAUUUAAUUUAAUGAAGGAGCCAAGUUAAAGUAAAUACGCAUCAUAUUUAGUAACCGUAUGUUGAAUAGGGCGCUGUACAGUGGCUAGGUGGUUAGCACUGUCGCCUUGCAGCUAGAAGAAUAUUAAUUUUGAGAUCCGAAUCUUCGGAUUCCACCCCCACGCAGUCAGACGAUACGAAUGUUUGGAUAUUCGUCAUUAAUUGGGGUCGAAUAUCCGGAGCCCAGAAAUUGCUAUUCAGGCCAGCCCAACAAAAUAUCUACAUACAGGUGUGUGGCAUGUGAGUUGUACUGCAAUUAUCUGUAUUUACCUAGCAUUGUUUAUAGGGGUUGAAUAAUUUUGCAACCUGCUUUUUGGGGGAAAUAAAGUUGAAAUUUUGGAUGGAUUAUGAA